CCCCUCGGGGCUUUCACGGCUUUACCGUAAAGUAGAGAACAGUCUUGGCUGCAGAACUGCCCGCCUUGGUCUUUACGGCAGGCCGCAUUCACAGCCUCUAAGUAUGGCGCUCCCCAUUUAGGUGUCGGUCGUGGUUUUUAGCCCGCUGGCCGGUGGCAGUGCUGAGCUAAGGAAGUAAUCUAUUUAGACGGGGCUGCAGAACACUGCAGUUAAAGUUCGUUUCUGAUCACAGCUCCAGCAACCCACGAGCUUCUGAGGGUCAGAAGCUGCCACUUACUUCUAGUCCCUGAAAGUUCCUCCUCUGCCCCUGGUUUGUUUCCCCCCGCUACGUCCGGAUACUGAAGCCCCUGACAUUCCCAGACUCAAACUAUGAGCCUUCCGCAACUGCUGUUGCGCUCGCCCCGUUAUCUACGGACCUCAGGUACCCCGUGUCACCUGUGGUGGUCCCAGUCCCUCGGCACCAUCUCUUCGGUGGGCUCCUGGCGUGGUCAGUCCUCCAAGUCCCCGGCCUACUGGAACCAAGUGGUGUCAGAAGCGGAGAAGAUCGUGGGCUAUCCCACGUCCUUCAUGAGCCUCCGCUGCCUGCUGAGCGACGAACUCAGCAAUAUCGCUCUGCAGGUGCGGAAGCUGGUGGGAACUCAGCACCCUCUGCUUACCACAGUCAGAGGGCUUGUACAAGACAGCCGGAAUAACCUCCAGUUGAGGGGCUUGGUGGUGCUCCUGAUUUCUAAAGCAGCUGGGCCCAGCAGCGUGAACGCUCCAUGUCAGAAUUAUGACAUGGUCAGUGGGAUCUAUUCAUGUCAAAGAAGUUUGGCAGAGAUCACAGAACUUAUCCAUACCGCUCUCCUUGUACAUCGUGGGAUAGUAAAUUUAAGUGAAUUGCAGUCUUCUGAUGGGCCACUGAAAGACAUGCACUUUGGAAAUAAAAUAGCUAUCUUGAGUGGAGACUUUCUUCUAGCAAAUGCCUGCAACGGACUAGCUCUGCUACAGAACACCAAGGUUGUGGAACUUUUAGCAAGUGCCCUUAGGGACUUGGUACGAGGAGUAUACCAUGAAAAUUUUACUUCAGCAAAGGAAGACUACAUCACAAAUGACAUUGGAAUAUCGACCUGGAAGGAGCAGACGUUUCUCUCCCAUGGUGCCUUAUUAGCAAAGAGCUGCCAGGCGGCAAUGGAGUUGGCGAAGCAUGAUGCUGAGGUUCAGGACAUGGCAUUUCAGUAUGGGAAGCACAUGGCCAUGAGUCAUAAGAUAAAUUCUGAUCUCCAGCCUUUUAUUAAAGAAAAGACCAGUGACUCCACAACUUUUAACCUGAACUCAGCUCCUGUAGUCUUACAUCAGGAGUUUCUUGGAAGAGAUUUGUGGAUUAAGCAGAUUGGAGAGGCUCGAGAGAAAGGGAGGUUAAACUAUGCUAAGUUGCGAGAAACAAUCAAAGCUGGCAAAGGUGUGACUUCAGCUAUUGACCUGUGUCGUUACCAUGGAAACAAGGCACUGAAGGCCCUGGAGAGCUUUCCUCCCUCGGAGGCCAGAUCGGCUUUAGAAAACAUUGUGUUUGCUGUGACCAGAUUUUCAUGACACCAAAUUAAAAAGGCACUAUUGUUCGUUAGCUGGAAAAAACUGAGGAAUGAGGUGAUCUGGAGAGCUUUUAUAAUGAGAUAUAUAAAUUUGUUAAUGACUUUAAAAA